UUUUACCGAAGUGAGAAUCAGUUGAUUGUUGUUCUGUGAUCAAAUUUGAUUGUUAUUAAUUUACAGGAUCAUCACAAUCAUAAUCACAACUUGUGAAUAUGUUAAAGUUUAUCAUCUAACAGUUUGGUGUGUAUUCAGUUUUUCAUUAAAGUAAAUCAAUGUUUUAAAAAGACAACAACAAUUAACAGUUUCCAUUUCAACAUUUAAUCAUAAUCAAAAUUCAAUGAUAUUAUUUAUCAGGAAUCACAAUUGACCACCACCACCACCACCAUCAUCAUCAGUGAAGUGAUAAGUUAUUGAUUAAUAAAUUGCUAUCAAGAAACAGUUAGAAAUCAACAAGAAAACAAAAGACAAGAGCUAAAAAAUCAAAAUUAAAACGCAAUUGAGAUUUAAAUUGUUACUAUCAAAUUAUCAACAAUGAUUAUCAAGUGUUAUUUCAAUGUGAUUUUAAUCAAUCUAUUGUGGUCAUUGACAUUAACUACUGGACAAACCAAUAACGUAACUAAAGAUUGUGCUGAUGGUCAAUGGCGAUUUGAAUUGAUUACUGGACAUGUAUUCACUUCACCUUCCGAAACAAUGACCAUGGUCCCUGGAACCUUACAAUUAAAUGAUUGUAUUGCUUAUUGUAAUCGUAGUGAAACUUGUAAAGCAAUUAACUUUGAAACUGGACUUUGUAUUAUAUUAACUUCAUCGGCUCAGACUCACCCAUCGGCACUGACCACUUCGCAAUUCCCAGUGUUCACAAUUUAUGCACAAAAAGUUUGCAUCCCAGAUACUCGGUCAUCUCUCUGUGAUCGCCCUUGGCUAUUUGAACGUGUUAUUGGCUAUGAAUUACGUAAAUUUGAACGUAAACGAUUGACCAUUGAUUCAAGGGAAAAGUGUAUGUCCACUUGUCUAAAUGAGGUCAGUUUUACCUGUCGAUCAGUUAAUUAUGAUAACAACACAGGUGAAUGUAUAAUGUCCGAUAUGGAUCGACAUACGAUAUCGUCUACUUCCGGUUCGUCACCAGCAUCAUCAACACAAUCAGCUAAUCGUUACUUUGUACCAGCAUCAACACCAGGAAUUGAUUACCUGGAAAAUAAUUGUGUUCAAGAUCCAAAAAAAAUGUGUGACUUCCGGGAGAUUAAAGGGAAAAUCUUGAAAACCGUUGACCAUGUUCACCUUGACGUUAAAACGGUCGACGAUUGUAAGGCCAAAUGUCUCGAUUCACCUUAUAGAUGUUUCUCCUUUGACCUUGGUGACCCUUCAAACUCUGUCUGCCGGACAUCACAUCUUGACCGAUCCUCUCUUACCCAUAUUGAGGAUCCAUACUUGACCAUUCCCGGAUCAAUGACUUAUGAAUUAUCAGCUUGUUACAACAUUACAAUUAUAUGUAAAGCCAAGGAAAUGGUCGCUUCUGUUCAAACAAGUAAACUGUUCAAUGGUAAAAUUUAUGCUAAAUCAAAGCCUAAUUCCUGUGUAUCGGAUGUUAAAAAUUCACUUGAUUUUGAGAUUUCAAUGCCCUAUCAUGAUCUUAUGUGUGAUGUUAAACAAGAAAAUUCUGGUACCUUUAAAAACGAUAUAAUUAUUCAACAUCAUGAUAUGAUUGUUACUACCCUGGAUAAAGGAUUAUCGGUCCACUGUAAUUAUGAUCUAUCCAAUCGAUCAAUUUCCAAUGCACCUUUGGAUAUUGCUGAUGAUGUUGGUACAAGGGAAGAUUGGAUGAAUAAUGUUCACUCAGCAACAGUUGCCGCUCCCAAUGUUACCAUGAAAAUCACCAAUCAACAAGGUUACGAGAUUGAAUCAGCUAAUGUUGGUGAUUCAUUAUCAUUACGAUUUGAGGUUUUAGAGAAAUCAAGUCCAUACGAGAUAUUUGUUCGUGAACUUGUUGCCGUCGAUGGUGUUGAUACCUCAGAGAUUUUGUUGAUCGAUUCAUCCGGUUGUCCAACCGAUGCCAGUAUCAUGGGACCAAUGGGACGAGUUGAGGGUUCAGGUCAAAUUUUGUCGGCAAUUUUUGACGCAUUUAAAUUUCCAACAAGUGAUGUUGUCCAAUUUAGAGCAUUGGUAACCCCAUGUUUACCUAAUUGUGAACCAGUUCAAUGUGAAACAAAUGGUCAAGUUGAAGGUCGAUCAGCUGAUUACCUUUCAUAUGGUAAAAGACGUCGUCGAGCUUUAUCAUCACCAUCAGUAUCUUCAUCAUCAUCUGAAGUAAAAUUAGCCGAUGAAGAGGAAAUGGUUGUUGUCCAAACAAUUAAGAUCGUCGAUACUUUCAACAAUAAUAAAGAUUCAAAGAAAUCAAAUAACAAGAAGACCGGAGGAGUUAAAGGUUCAGCAUCAUCUGAGAAUAAGAAAUUAUCAUCUUCGGAUGAUAUUAAUGGUGAUCUAUUAGAUUUAUCCAAUGAUGAUAAUGAUAUAAUGGAAAGUGUCACCUUUGAUUCUGAAAGGCGGGUUAACCGGCGGAACCUUGAUUCCUCUGGAUGUGCCUCUUUUCUUGGUCUAAUUUUGGCCUGUUCGCUGUUUCUAAUUGUCCAAUUGUUCCUGAUUCUGGCUUGGUGUCUUCUUUGGUACAAGAAACAGAAGAAAAGUUUCUCAUCAUCAACAUUAACAUCUUCACCAUAUUAUCAUCAGCAAAGUUUUCACCAUGGUGGUAAAUCAUCAUCUUCUUCUACAUCAUCUUCAUCAACUUUAUCAUCACCAACAAAUAAAUUAUUAGCCACUCGAAGUGGUAGCAUUGGUGGUCACUCUAUUUUAUCUAAUUUAUCUUCAUCAUCUUCUGUUGCCAAUCAUAAACAAUCACAUAAUCAACACAAAUCACCAUCACCCUCACCAAUAACCAAAACAGUUAUAAGAUCAUCAUCUCCCCCCUCAUCCUAUGGACCAACAUCAAUCUCCUAUUUAACUCCAUUUAGUUCAUAUCAUAGGAAAUUUGCUGAACCAAGAAAAACUUCAAUCGAUAUGUACUCAUCAAUGUCACAACUCUAUCAGUGAAUUAUUAAUAGUUAAUCAAUUUAGUUAACAAUAUUUCUUUAGGUAUCAAAAUAAAUUAAAUCAUCUCCCUCCUCCUCUCUCUCUUUCUCUCUCACCCUCGCACUUUAACAUCUUCAUCAAAGAACAGCAAAAAAACAGGAAGAAAAAAAGACGAUAUAAACAAUAAUAUUAUCUCAUCUUAAUAUUUAAACCAACAUUUCCUGUAAUUAAUUAAUCAUCCAUUAACUGUCUCUUGAUCACCCUCAUCCAUUUCAUCAUCAUCAUCAUCAUCAUCACCAAUGAACAGCUCACCGAUUUACCUGCAAAUGAAAAGAUAAUUUUUGUUUUUACUUAUCAUCACUCAAAUUUUGCAAGAAAAAACUUGAUCAUUGUCAACAAUCAACUUAUUAUUUACUACGAA